AUGACCGAUGUAGAGAUGAGCGAUGCCCCCACAGCCGCCAAGCGAGCGGAUGGGGUUACGGGAAAAGGGCCCGAGGGCAAAAAGAAGUUCGAAGUGAAGAAGUGGAACGCCGUUGCCCUCUGGGCUUGGGACAUCGUUGUGGAUAACUGCGCCAUCUGCCGUAACCAUAUCAUGGACCUAUGCAUCGAGUGUCAGGCGAACCAAGCUUCGGCGACGAGCGAGGAGUGUACAGUGGCAUGGGGCAUCUGCAACCAUGCGUUUCACUUUCACUGCAUUUCACGAUGGCUCAAGGCCCGGUCGGUCUGUCCCUUGGAUAACCGUGACUGGGAGUUCCAGAAGUAUGGGCGAUGA